AUACAUACAUACAUACAUACAUACAUACAUACAUACAUACAUACAUACAUACAUACAUACAUACAUACAUACAUACAUACAUACAUACAUACAUACAUACAUACAUACAUACAUACAUACAUACAUACAUAUAUAUAUAUAAAUACUACCCCAAAAAAAACGCGUUUGUUAAAGACACAUUUAUUAUAGUCAAAGGCUACCCCCUCACCAGAACCACCAGCAGCACCACACCAUCAUAAUUCAACCACAUACAGUCAAACAACUCCAACCCAUCAAAUUCAAAUCAAACAAACAAACAAACCCCUUUUGCAAUUUGACCCAUUUCACCUAACCCAUCCUCUGCAUCUACAUCUGCAUCUUCAUCAAUGCAAGAUUACCAGUCUUCAAUGGAAGACCCUUCAUCCAAAACCUCUGCUUUGACCACAACUCUCAAGAACUCAAUUCAAGCACUUGGUAGAGGGUUUGAUGUUACAUCUGAUAUCAGGCUUUUGUACUGCAAAGGGGCACCUGGGUCUCGCUUGAUUCACUUGGAUGAUGAACAUACUAGAGAACUUGUGGUUUCUGAUGAUGGCUUUGUUAGGAUUCCUAAUGUUUCUGUUGAUAUUGAUUUUUCUAGAGGAGAGAGGCUUCUUGAUCCUACACCUGUUUGCAGCUUUCAUGAGAUGUCGAAACUCUUCAAUACGAGAUCCAAUCUCAGUGGGGAUGUUCCUCUCGGAAGCUUCAAUGCCAUGUUUAAUUUUACCGGAUCGAGGCAAGUUGACGCAGCAUCCACAAAAUCCCUUGCGAUGAUCGGAUACAUAGUUCCGUUAUUCGAGGUUCAUUUAGAAAAUUCAGAUUUGGUUCUGCUUGACGAAGUCAAACGUGCUGUUCCGUAUUCCUGGGAUCCUGCAUCGUUAGCAAGCUUCAUUGAAAAUUACGGCACCCAUAUCGUCACCUCUACGACAGUUGGAGGGAGAGACGUAGUUUAUAUAAAGCAGCAUCAAUCAUCUCCGUUGUCCAUAUCAGAUAUCGAAAAUUAUGUGAGAGACAUUGGAGAACACAGAUUCAGUGAUUAUAAAGGCCAAUCAAGUUCGGGGCCGUUAAAGUACAAGGACAAGGAUGUAACGGUUAUUUUUAGACGAAGAGGAGGGGACGAUCUUGAGCAAAGUCACGCAAAAUGGAUAGAAACUGUAGAAACCGCACCCGACGUAAUCAAUAUGACUUUUACUCCCAUUGUUUCUUUGCUUGACCAAGGCGUACCGGGAAUAAAACACUUGGCCCGUGCCAUUGAGUUAUAUUUGGAAUACAAGCCUCCUAUAGAGGAUUUACAAUAUUUUUUGGAGUUCCAAAUCCCUCGAGUCUGGGCUCCGGAACAAAGUAACAUUCAAAGAAAGGAACCCGUUUGUCCGUCACUUCAGUUUAGUUUAAUGGGCCCGAAGCUUUUCAUAAGUUUGGAGCAGGUUACAGUUGGGCGUAAACCAGUUACGGGGCUUAAACUCAACUUAGAAGGAAGCAAGCAAAACAGGCUAGCGAUCCAUUUGCAACACUUGGUGUCCCUUCCGAAAAUCCUCCAACCGCAUUGGGAUGCGCACAUGGCCAUCGGUGCACCCAAGUGGCAAGGUCCCGAAGAGCAGGACAGUCGUUGGUUCGAACCCAUCAAGUGGAAGAACUUCUCACAUGUAAGUACAGCACCCAUAGAACACACCGAGACAUACAUUGGCGAUCUAUCCGGGGUCCACAUUGUCACCGGGGCCCAGUUUGGCGUAUGGGACUUCGGUGCCAGAAGUGUCCUACACCUCAAACUUCUCUUCUCCAAAGUACCAGGUUGUACCAUACGCCGUUCAGUAUGGGAUCAUAGCCCAAACACUCUUCAAAAACCCGGAGAUGAUAAGGGAGGAGACGGUCCAAGUCAAUCCGGAAAACUAGCGAAAAUCGUAGACAUGACAGAAAUGUCAAAGGGCCCACAAGAUGUUCCGGGCCAUUGGUUAGUCACAGGGGCGAAACUUGGUGUAGAUAAAGGGAAGAUCGUUCUACGCGUAAAAUACUCGUUAUUGAACUAUUGAUGAUGGUGAUUCUGCUAUUUUUUGCACAUGCAAAUGGUUCAUUGUGUUGGUUGGUGCAUUUAGUGAGAGUAGAGUUUAUUAAAUUUUGUUGUUUUAUGUUCUAAAUUUGUUUGUAGUUAUGCAACAAAGGUAAAGUUACUUGUUUGAGUUCAUACAUGUAUAUGAUCUACACUAAAGUAGGAGGAGUCUUGUAGGAUUGUUGAAUUGUUUGUUUUCACUAUUUGCAUUUAAUCCUUUUUUUUUUGUUUUUAUACAUAAAUAUUUUUUUA